AUGCUCAUAUCCAAGCGCAAGCUAAGAUUAGCAUUGCUUUGCGUCUCAUUAGUGGCAAUUGUGUUCCUGAUAAUUGACGCGGUGAUAGAACUUCAUUUGAAUAAUGAGUUUAAGUACUAUAAAACGUUCUUUCAAAGACAUCAGGGAGGUUUGCAAGGUGUCUAUGAUCCUCUAAAUGUUAAACAGAUUCCGGCUGAGACUAUAAUGGAACUACGAGACUCUGCUUUGGAUAGGACUCGCGAGGAUCCUACAUACAUUUCUUGGAACAAGUUUGCAUACGUAAACUAUGUUGCCGAUAGUGAAUACCUCUGCAAUACGCUUAUUCAAUUUGAAAAGCUCAAACAAUCUGGGACUGAGGCAAAAUUGGUCUUGCUAAUUUCCGACAGAUUACUAGACGACAAGCAUUCCGAAAUCGAUAUUACACGCAGAAGGUUAGAUGUUCUGAAAAACCUAGGUCAAGAUCAAGUCGUGAUAAAGCCAAUUCAAAAUAUCGUUAAACCAAAAGAUUCAACACCUUGGCAUAACAGUUUCACCAAAUUGCUUGUGUUCAAUCAAACUGAGUUUGAAAGAGUAGUGUACCUCGACAACGACGCAAUUCUUCAUGAUAACUUGGAUGAACUAUUUUUCCUACCAAACAAUAUAACGUUCGCGGCACCGUUGGCAUAUUGGUUUCUAUCUCCAGGUGACAUUGAGAAGGGUUACAAGGAUAUUCAAAAGGAAAAAGGUUCUUCAAACUCUUUGAAGCGUUAUGUCACAGAUUUGGAACUCCGCGUGAAAAAGGGUGUUUCGCUUUACAACUUUUUACCCAAUUUACCCACCUCGCUUUACCUUGAUGCUAAAAAUGUUGCCAAAGAUAUGAUGCAGUCAUCUGGUUCAGCUUCACCUCUGUUUAAGUUGCGGAGAGGUAAGAAAGCCAUAAAGGCUAAAUUUGCGUCUAAUUUAAUGGUGAUUAAGCCAAAUGAAAAGACCUUUAGGACUAUCAGUGAAAAGCUUAUACCACGUGCGUUGAAGAAAAAAGAUCAAUACGAUAUGGAUUUAAUAAAUGACGAAUUAUACAACUUGAGGAAAAUUGUGUAUCAACAAUUCAAGUUGUUCAGAAAAGUCAACACCGAAUUCAAGCCUCAAAUCUUGGUGCUUCCUUAUGCAAAAUAUGGGAUGCUGACAGGUUCUAUUAGAAAAUAUUCUCAUCAUGCUUUACUUGCGGAUGACAUUAUUGGGUACGAACGCAAGGUCACCGGCAAGCUAAAAUCUCUUCGAGAAAUUGUGGAAGACAGCAAAUACAUCCAUUUUUCGGAUUAUCCUAUUGCAAAACCGUGGCAUUACAAGUCUCCGAAGGAUUUGGAAUGCAAACUAGACGAGCAGGACAAAGAUAAGUUUUCUGAAAAGGACGUCUGUCAAGUGUGGACUUCAGUUUAUGAAGAGUAUCUUGAUGCUAGGAAAAUCUGCCAAUAG